GCGCGAUGUUCAGCACAAGAAAAGCUGCAGUCGAAGUAGAACGCCACUCACGACUUAAAUACCCUCACCGACUCAACUUCUAUGACAAGCCUCCAGUGGAGGACAUCACCAUCGAAGAGUUCGAGACCUGUGCCAUCGACAGACUACGCGUCUUAGCGGAGAUAGAGUCCGGUUUCGCGCGCAAUAGGCCGUACGACGAGUUGAAGACGAUCGCCAUCGCUCAGUGCGAGAAGUAUAUCCCGCUGAAUGCGACGAGCGCGACGACUGUGAAUCGGGAUGCGCAGAGGAGGAAGGAUCAUAUCGGACAUUUUGUGCUGAGGCUGGCGUUCUGUCGCUCGGAGGAGUUGAGACGGCGGUUUGUUAAGGCGGAGAUGACGCUAUUUCGCGUUCGGUAUGAUACGGAUGGGAACGACGAGCGGAAGGAGUUUCUGAACUCUAGGGACUUUAACUGGAUACAGGUGAAUGAGAAGGAGAAGGUGGGCCUUGCUGAAGAGCUGGCAGCAGCGUCUCCCGGGUUGGAUAUUAAUACUCAGGAUUUCUACAAGGUUCGAUGGACACGAGUGCCUGAUCUUAUUGAACGGAGAAAAGUACUUCUCAAAGCGGGAUGGGCUUAUGUUCCCGCCCGAGAACAGUCUAGCAUCGUCUUCCAGGAGUUCCAAGUGCACUUACAGAAUCAGCUGGAGAAAACAGCAAAGAGUCUACCCCGUCUAGACGAAGACAACCGUAUCGUUCCUAUCUUGAAUAAUCUGUCGCAAGGCUUCUUGGCAGGUGUCCCAUCGGAAUGGGGUGCGCCGGAGGGAUCAGGAGAAGAGAUCAGAGCGGACAUGAUUGACGACCUCGCGCGGAAACAUUUCCCCAUGUGUAUGCGCAACCUGCACGAGAAUCUCAAGAGGGACCAUCAUCUCAAACAUUUUGGGCGCCUCCAAUAUGGUCUCUUCAUCAAGGCUCUUGGUCUAUCGAUAGACGAAGCUGUUUUAUUCUGGCGCCGAUCAUUUAGUGGGAUGACUGAUGAUCAGUUCAACAAAGGCUACAAGUACAAUAUACGUCACUCCUACGGUCUAGAGGGUAAACGGGCAAAUUAUCCAGCAAAGAGCUGCCAACAGAUCCUUAUGACCGACCAACCAGGCUCGAACGACUCACACGGUUGCCCAUAUCGCCACUUCUCCGUAGACAACCUACAAACUGCCCUGCUGUCUACGUACUCUUCCCAAGGUCUCACCACCGCUGAUCUACCCGACAUCCUGAACUCGGUGAAGGGUGGACACUACCACGUUGCAUGCACCAGAGUAUUCGAAAUCACGCAUGCGAAUCAGGGAGUGAAGAAGAUGGAGGGCGUAGGUGGCGGUGAGAGUGUCACGCAUCCCAACCAGUAUGCUCAGCGAAGUAGAGAGUUGGAGAAAGCGAUGGUCGAAAAGGUGAAGAAGGAGGUUGGGGCCGAUGGGGACGGAGAUGUUGUCAUGGUCGGAUGAGCUCUUUAUUAUUGUUUUGUUUUCCGUCUUCCUCCGCAUCUCGUGUAAUGCUUUGUAGUUAUGAUGUUUAGUAUCUCGACUGGAAUUCACCGCAUCAGCAUUAGGCAUUCCAUCGUGUCGUACAACUGACCCG